AUGGUUUUGUCAACGGAACUGUCGGCGAACCCUGACAUUUGGUGUCAGAAGUGUGACAUCUGUCAAAAGAAGUACGAAAGUACGACAGAUAUCAACAGCUGUGAAACGAAGUUCCCCAGCGUACGUGGUCUUCAAUUUAUAAUGAGUUCCUAUAAGCAUUUAAGUGGAAGUGAAAAAAGAAAACGAAAAGCAGAUCGAGAUAAAGUUGCAGAACAAAUGAAAGGAUCGUUAAACAAAUUUUUAAUUGUGGAGGACGAAAAAUCACAACAAUCAUCAUCAUUUUCACAAAUUUUACCUGCUCAAACUCCAGAAGCAUCACACGAAUGUGAAUCUAUUCAGCAGAAAUAUCAGCGGGAAAAACUGAGUAAUUCCGAUUGUGAAGAUGAAGCAAAAGAAGAUAUAUAUAUUAAAUCAUCUGAAAGUAAUGAUGAAACUGAGAGUUUUGUAAACGACAUUGCUUUAUGA